UUAAGAACAAACGUUUUUCCGUUUAGUGCUUUUUAGUUAGCCCGUAACGUUGUCCCUCCUAUAUCCUUCUUCCCAUCAUGUCGUCGUCUGCACCACAAGCGACGACAUCAACACCCCCAACGACAGUAGCACCUACAACUGUUGUAACAUCACCCAGUAUUACUACUUCUACUACAUCACCAACUACUAGUACCACUCCAUCAACGUCAUCAACGCCCUCAUCGACGCCCCCAUCUAGUUCAGCAGCAACACCAACUACAACACCAACAUCUUCCACACCUUCCGCGACAACUGACAGCAAUGGACAAACUUCAACUAACCCUGCAACCACAAGUACCACUCCAACAACAACCUCCAUGACAUCUGUCCCGACUACAGUACCCCUCGUUAUUACCUCAACAAAUGCAUUCGGAUCAAUAACCAUCAUCACAACAGAGACAUCCAUAACAACCUCAAUCCCUGUCUCAACUUCCUCUUCCUCUUCCACAAACAACUCAUCAGACACCGGCCCAAUCGUAGGUGGCGUAGUCGGUGGUGUCGCCGCGAUCGCUAUCCUCGCCCUCCUCAUCUUCUGCUUACGCCGUCGCAGAAGGCGAGAUGAGUUCGAUGGCAACUUUGACCCCGAUCGUGUUAUUUCCCAACCUUCGGGGGGCGGAACUCUCCCCCAAGUCGACCUUGGCGAGGAAAAUGAGAUCACCCCUUACACUGACUAUGGUAGCAGCAUGCGCCAAUACGGAGAAAGCCCCUUCCUACCUGCGGGUGCGGCCGCCGGCGCAGCAACUGCCGCAAGUAUAAACCGCACAACUUCCCCACUUAGCUCUCCCUCCCAAUACAGCGACACCGCCACCACUGCUGCCGAGGGGUACCCCUCUCAGGGCUUCAUUCGCCCAGGCCCGGGCCUGUACCCCCCAGGCGGACCAAACAUGUACUCAAUGCAGCAAGCAGACUGGCACAACCCACGCCCCCUCACAUCUCCCGCACCAAGCGACAGCAACGCGUCCUCCAGCAGCCGUGCAAUGAAGGAGAGAGAGGCUGCUGCUGGCCGUCAAGGCCUCGGCCUCGCUACCCAGCAUGAAGUUGACGGAGAGGGUUCUGGCGUUAUCCAGCACCAAGAUGCGGGACAGGUGCAUAGUGAAGAAGGCGAACCAAGAGAUAUUCCGCCUGCGUAUAACUCUAUAAGGCAGUAGACUUGUGCAGGGAUUCCAAAAGGUGAUAUUUGAAGUUGAAUAUGUGAUACUACCCCCCCGCCACGUUUCGGUGGACACCUCUUUUGGACGUUCAUACGCAUGUACAGUGCAUUGUCAUCGUCAUCACGAUCUUAGACACUGAUUCCUUGUUUAUUUUCGACACAAGUUGUCGUACUGUGUUUGGUGGCUCUGACUACCUGUUUCUCGUUAUACUUACCAGCACAUUUCAUGCAUGCAUCGUCAUAUCAUGUUUUUUGUUCAUUCUUACGAUACAUCAAUGCAAAUUGCAUUUAUAAUCACCUCGCCGUUCACCCUCUUCCAGAGCAUUGCAAGUAGUAAACAUGUAUAAAUACAGAACGUUCGAGUCAACUUGCUUGGCUGCCAUCAUUCCUA